UUUUACUUGAAUUUUGCAUCUCUGUUUUGCAUGGUUUUUCUGAAUGCAUAUUCAAUAUUGGCUCUGUAGUUUCAGAUUUGUACUUAAAUAACGCAACCUCAUCAGCUUCAUCCUGGUUCGCGAAUAUUUAUUAAAAUCAAAUGAGUUAACCGGCGUGUACUGUGUCUUUAAAAUUGACGAACCUCGACGCCUUUAUAAGGAAGGGAUGGAGUUGACAUGGAAGCGUGCUAUAUUGAGAUUUUUCCAAGGUUUUAAGGACUUAGGUAAUCAUGAUUUACAUCAUAUAUACUCUCAGUCUGCUGAUAAGCGUUACUUUUUCAGGGGUCGAAUAUUCAGGCUUUGCAUGUGAAAGGAAGGCAUCAGCACGUUCAAUGGGAAGUCCUUUACGCAGUGGAAAUUCCAGAAAGUCUAAUGAGACAAUGAAGUUCACUGUAACAGUUUUUCUUGGAGUUGUUUUUGGCUUCCUUCUGGGAAUUUCGUUUCCAACACUCUCAUUAGCUAAGAUAACUCUCCGAUCUGGCCUUUUCCCAUCAAUUGAUCUCACAAAGAUUGAGGACGACGGUUAUUCACGUAUUUCAACCGAAGGAAUUUGGGAUGCGUGGGCUUCUUUUAGCGGUGACAGAAGCAUUUUUAAUGGAAUUCAAAAAUAUGACGAGGCCAAUAUAUGGGUUCCCACAAAUCCUCGAGGGGCUGAAAGGUUACCCCCUGAUAUAGUCAAAUCUGAGUCAGAUCUUUAUCUUCGUCGAUUAUGGGGUCAGCCCGUGGAGGACCUAGCCAUCGAAACAAGGUAUCUUGUAACUUUCACUGUUGGUUAUGAUCAGAAAGACAAUAUUGAUGCCGCAGUGAAAAAGUUCUCCAAGAACUUCACCAUUGUUUUGUUUCACUAUGAUGGUCGGACUAGUGAGUGGGACCAGUUUGAGUGGUCCAAGCGGGCGAUCCAUAUAAGUGCUCCGAAGCAAUCUAAAUGGUGGUUUGCUAAACGCUUUCUGCAUCCUGACAUCGUGGCACCCUAUGACUACGUCUUCAUUUGGGACGAGGAUCUUGGCGUGGAGCAUUUUGAUGCAGAGGAGUACUUGAAAUUAGUUAGGAAACAUGGUUUGGAGGUUUCACAGCCUGGUCUUGAUUCGGAUAGAGAUAUUACAUGGCAGAUGACAAAGAGAAGAGAUGAUAGCGAAGUCCACAAGAAUGCUGAGGAGAGAGAUGGUUGGUGUCCUGAUCCGCAUUUGCCACCUUGUGCUGCAUUUGUUGAAAUCAUGGCUCCUGUAUUCUCCAGAGAUGCAUGGCGUUGUGUGUGGCAUAUGAUACAGAAUGACCUAAUUCAUGGAUGGGGUCUAGAUUUUGCUCUCAGAAGAUGUGUGGACCCUCCCCAUCAGAAAAUAGGAGUAGUAGAUACUCAGUGGAUUGUUCAUCAAGGCAUUCCUUCGCUUGGGGAUCAGGGGCAAGCACAGGGCGAGAAGGCUCCAUGGGAAGGGGUGAGAGCGAGGUGCCAUGCAGAAUGGGAAAUGUUCAGAGACAGAAUGGGUAAUGCAGAGACGGCCUAUUUUCAGGCACUACAAAGCGGUUCCUCUAACUCCUCGGCUAGUUAGGGUCAUGCACUGAUGUCUUAGCCAAAAAAGCGAGUUUAGCUUUUUAGAAUUUCUACAAGCUAGUCAUUUUGACCUAGUAGCUUGAGCUAUAUUGUUAGGGAUUCCUUAGUGCAUUCCUUUAUGAUGAUAGGAAACUAUAUAUAUAUAUAUAUAUAUAUUAUGCUAAUGAUAUCAUUUUUAGAGUGUCAUGUAAAUCCUCCAAAGCUACAAUUGUUACAUUCUUAUGAUACGUGGCGUUCAAAUCAACCCCUCUAGUCUCUGAAAAAACUCCACUUCAGCUCCUAAAAGUAAGGACAGGAGGGAAUAUCGUAACCGGGGGGGUGGGGGGAAGCCAAAACGACUUCUUAAAAAAAAAAAAAAACGAAAGAAAAUGUCGCAACGACGAUCCGCCCAGAGCGUCGAAUGCAAAAUAAGAGCAUAAAUACCAAUUCCCGCGCUCCCGUAUUUUUGAACUCCUCAUUCUCUACCUCCACUCCUGGAACUUGGAAUCUUGCUAUACAAUUGUCUGGUAUGGGUUCGGCCCCACAAUAUCAGGAAGAUGAGGACUGGGAGCUCUAUAACGACGAUGGCUUUGUGUUCAAGCGCAAGAAGCGACAUCUUGACCCCACAGUAACUGUGCCUCAUCCAUCCUCCACUUCAGACGCGGAUCAGUUUCAGGAGGCAGCGCAGAAGCAGCGGAGAGAGCGUAAGAGGAAUACCCUCCUGAAGCUGAAAACUAGGUACCUCUCAGAGAUCCAUCUCUGGGAUUUCUUGUCCGCCACAUUGCGCUCACUGGAAGAGACCGCCCUUGAGUAUAGAAGGCAACAAGAGCAGGCGAGGCCCUUAGCGUUAGAUUCUGUUGGUGAAUCUGUGCUAGAUGACGUUCUCUUGCAGGUGCAAGCCCAAGAAGCGAUAAUUCAUAAUAUAUCAAAUUUAUGCGACGUAGCGGAAGCAAUAUGCCACAAACAAGAGCAACAGUUUAAACAGACAGUGUUUAAUCUUCCCAUCUGGGCUUCACCAGUUGAGCUCAUGGAAUUGCUAUGCUUAUGUGAUGAUUAAAUUAGUACUUUUACCGUGCUGGAUCCUCUUGGUAAUGAUUGAGAAUCUGAGAGAUCGGCCUUCUACUGUUAACAAGAUCUUGAUCAGUUUCGUUAUUUCUAUUUUCUGAUAUGAUCAUACUCUGCACUGAGUUAAUGUGGGGGCUCACCACUGUGCCAGAGUAGUAAAUAUUGUUAGUUUGAUUACACCUUAGACGAACACUGGAGUGACCAUCUGAUGGAUGGAAAGUAGGCAACGGUGAACUCCUCGGAAGGAUGAGAAGAAAGUUUCUCUGAAGCCUUCAAGGAAGAACAAAGAUUUAAUUCUGUAGUAUUGUAUAGGUAACUUACAGGCAAGGCUGUCAUUUCUCAUUGUA